AUGACUGACAACAAGAAUAGUAAACGACGUAUUUUUAUACGAGAACAUGUAUAUAAACGAGAUAAUUAUUUAGAUGAAGUUGAAUUUGAAUUUAUUGAUGACUUUGAAUCUAAUUCAUCUAUUGAACAAAAUUAUAGUUUAUGGUUAAGACGAGAUCAUUAUAUGAAAACAAUUUUACGACGAUAUGGUUAUAGUGAAAAUAAAAUGCCAACAUUUGAAGAAUAUAUUGAUACAAUACGAUCAUUGAUUGUUGGACAUUGUUGUUCUGAAUAUGAUCUUCGUCGAGCAUUUCAUAUAUUUGAUCUUGAUCAAAAUGGUAUUAUUGAAUUACAUGAAUUUUAUCAAUUCAUAAGUAUUAUUGGAAGAUCAACAACAGAAGAUAAAAUAUCAAAUUUUAUUGAACGUAUUAAUAUAUCCGAUGAUAGAAAUUUGAAUUAUGAACAAUUUAAACAAUUUGUUAGACUUGGACAUGGAAGAGAAAUGCUUGUUAAUGUUAGUUUCGAUAAACAAACAUUUAGUGAAGAUGAAAAUACCGACGAACUUGCAGAACUUAACAUUAAUCCACAUGAUUCGAUUAAUUUUAUAAAAGGAUCAAUUAAAAAAUCAAAUAAUAAACAAGAACAACUAAUGGCAUCAAAUAUUGAUGAUAAAAAAGUUGAUCUAAAUGGACCAGGUGAAAUGGGUAAACCAGUUGAAAUUGAUAAAACUAAAUUAUCACCAUAUGAACUUAUAAAAUAUGAAAAUGGCUUUGAAAAACAUGCAUUUAAUGUAUAUGCUAGUGAUUUAAUAUCAUAUCAUCGUAGUUUACCUGAUGUACGUGAUCCAGAUUGUCAAAAACUUCAACAUGAACCUAUAUCAUUAACAGCAAGUAUUAUUAUGUGUUUUCAUAAUGAAGCAUGGUCAGUAUUAUUAAGAUCAAUACAUUCAAUUAUUAAUCGUAGUCCUUCACAUUUACUAAAAGAAAUUAUUCUUGUUGAUGACUUUUCUGAUAUGGAACAUCUAAAGAAACCAUUGGAUGAGUAUAUAAAGCAUCUUAAAAUAGUUUCAAUAGUUCGACAAAAACAACGAGAAGGUUUGAUACGUUCACGUUUAGCAGGUGCUGCUAUUGCAAAAGGGGAUGUUAUUAUUUUUCUUGAUUCACAUAUUGAAGCUACAGAAGGUUGGCUUGAGCCUUUACUUGGUCCAAUAUUACAAAAUCGUACAUUUGUUGUAACACCUGUUAUUGACACUAUUGAUGAAGAUACAUUGCAAUAUAAUUUUGUUGUCCUUGAUGCAAUAAGCACUGGUGGUUUUGAUUGGAACUUAGAAUUUAAUUGGUACUCUAUAUCCGACCGAGAACGAGAAAGAAGAAAACAUCAUUUAGAACCAAUACGAACACCAACUAUGGCUGGAGGACUUUUUGCUAUUAGUAAAAGUUAUUUUUAUGAAUUGGGAUCUUAUGAUGCUGGAAUGGAUAUUUGGGGUGGUGAAAAUUUAGAACUAUCUUUUCGCAUAUGGAUGUGUGGUGGCACUCUGGUGAUUUCUCCUUGUUCUCAUGUUGGUCAUAUAUUUCGAAAACGAUCUCCAUAUAAAUGGUCAGAUGAGGUAAAUGUUGUUCGCAAAAAUUCUGUUCGACUUGCUGAAGUUUGGCUUGAUGAAUACAAAAAAUAUUAUUAUCAAAGAAUAAAUAAUAAUUUGGGUAAUUACGGUGAUAUUACAUCACGUAAAUUACUUCGAGAAAAACUACAAUGUAAAUCAUUUAAAUGGUAUGUAACUGAGAUCUAUCCAGAGUUAUCUCUUCCAGAAGAUACAAAAACUCUUGGUGAGAUUCGAAAUUUUUAUGCAGAUUUCUGUGUUGAUGCAAAUACUCAUCCCAAUAGUUUCAAUAAAUCUGUAAUUAGUUAUCCAUGUCAUAAUGAAGGUGGUAAUCAGUUUUUUAUGUUAACCAAAAUAGGUGAAAUUCGUCGAGAUCAUGGAUGUUUAGAAUAUAGUGGUGGAAUAGCAGAUAUUAAUAAAGAUGAUAAAGUUCUUGUUUUAUCAUGUCAUGGCGAAAAAGGAAAUCAAUAUUGGAUUUAUAAUGAGAACAAUCAAAUAUACCAUCCAGCAUCGAAUUCAUGUAUGACAUUAUCUAAUGAUAGCGAACAUAUUCAAAUGCAAGUAUGCGAUCUUAGUAAUGCAGCUCAAAAAUGGUCAUGGACUCAACGAUUACUUAAUGAAACGAACAAUACUUAA